CCAAGAAGACCACAAACUCAAGGUUUAGUAAAAAAGAUAAACUUUGUAUUAAAGGAUAAACUUGGAAAAUGGCUUGAAGAUUACCAAAAUAAAAAUGAUGAUCUAUAUUGGAUAGUUGGUUUAGCAACUAUAGUUCAUUCAAUGAAUUUAUCUAUAUGUCAUACUACUAACAAAAGGCUAUUUGAGUUAGUUUUUGAUUAUGAACCUUAUAGUAAUUGUAUUCUUCUUGAUCAGAUUUGGUCUCAAGGAAUUAGAAAUAACAAAAUUAUUUCUGAUAAUGUUCAAAUUGAAGAGUAUUAUGACAUUCAGUUUGAUAAUAACAAUGAGGAUAAUAUCCAAAUAGAAAAUGAUAAAGAUGAUGAUAUAAAUAAUAUGUUUAAUAAAAAUUGGAGUGAAAAUUUAUUACAAA